AUGGCAGACGAAAACGCCGCCGCCGUCGGUGUCGAGGCCAGCGCCGCCGAUCUCGCUCCUUCCGGCGCCACCACCUCGCCACCUCACACGCUCCUCUGGUCCAAAUCCAAAGUCUACGUCCAUCCCUCGCCAUACGCAAAGCACAAUGUGCCCGGCUACCUCGCACUCAGCCGCGCCGGCCCUGCUAGGCCGGGUGCCAAGAUCCUCCUCUCUUUCCUCCCCGAAAGCCUCGUAGAGCAGCGCCACGAGCUCGAAAAGUUCGUGCGCAUCGAGUAUACCACCUCUGCCAAAGCAGACCACGAUACCCACCUCGAUCCCGCCACUGGCCUUCACACGCUCGACGACGAUGAUGGCGACGACGACGAAUCCAUGCUCAUCGCAGAGCCUCCCACCUCCGCCGCCUACGCCUUCUCUCUGCCCCUCACCAGCAUCUACAGCUUCACCGUCAAGGCUCCCACCAUCAGCUCUUGGUACGGCACGCUCACCAUCAGCCAGCUCGGCGGCAUCGCCAUGCCCACGCUCUACUUUCACGACGACGAGAGCAAGAGCACUGUUCUGUCCAUGCACAAGGCCAAACAGUCCGCCUCCGCCGAUGCCGCCGCUGCUGCAAGGCUGUCCGCCGCACCCGGGUCUUCGUCCUACUCCACCGCCUCUUCGCAUCGAUCUUCCCCCCGCCCCGUCUCCCCCUCGCCCACAUGGGGCGGGGACGAGCUGGUGCAGCAGCUGCGCAAAUACGCCAAUGUCCACCGCAGCGCCAUCGAGCCCAACUUGUUCCUCGUCAACCCUUCGCGCGCCGACCUCGAGACGCACAGCACGCCGCUCUUUGACGACGACGCCAUCGACACGCCUCUUGCGAACUCCUCAGCCGCCGCGAGUCAUGAUCUCGCCGACAACUCGUACUCCAUGAGCCCACUGCACCAGUCUCUGCCCGGCAUUGCCCAGCAGCGGCGCAAAGACGAGCUGGCCAUGGACAACCUCACCGUGUGGGCCAAGAAUGCGCGCUUCUCGGUGCUCUCGUCGCUCGCCAACUUUACGCAGCAGGCGCGCCAUGCGUCGCAUGCCGUGCUCUCGCAUCCGCUCGCACGGCCCUACGUGCCGCAUCUGCCGGGGCCCGUGCAGUCGUUCGCGCAAGCCGGGCCUGUGCCUCUGGGACCAAACGAGGGCGAGUGGGAGUGGCGCACCUCGAGCAUCGCCAACAAUAGCGGCACGGGCGAGUACUACGACAGUGCGCGCGUCUAUCUCGCGCGCUGGGCGCGGCUCGUUGCAGAAGAGGGCGAGCGAAACAGGCGCAGGGAGGAGCGACUUGCUGCGCGCAUCUCCAGUGGCUCAGGGGCGGAUGCAGACGCAGCAUCGUCCAGCUCAGCGGGUAAUCGCACCGAGCGCAGCGAGCUUGGUGCAUUCGAGGUGCUUGAAAAGAUCCACGAUCUGCCACGGCCCACGUCGGAACGCGAGGCGCGGGCUGCCGAGCUCGCAGCACAGACGGCCGAUGGCGAGGCGACAGCGUCGGGGCUCGACGUGCACGAGUGGCGUUCGCUCUUUGACAGCGCGGGAAAGCCGCUGCAUACGGAGGGUGAGAUCCGGCACCGCGUGUUUGUCAAUGGGUUGACGGACGGUGCGCGCAAGUUGGCGUGGCCGAUGCUGCUGGAUGCGGUGGCGUGGGAUGCGACGUCUGAACAACGCGCCGCGCAGUGGGAGCAGCGUCAGGUCGAAUACCACACCUACAAGGCACGAUGGCAGACCGACGACGAGCUGGUUUCCACCGAAGCCUUUCGCGAGCAACAGCACCGCGUUCGUGUGGAUUGCCUGCGUACCGAUCGCAACCACGCCAUGUUUGCACGCGAUCCCGCCUUUGUUGCCGACCCCAAUGCGGAUCCGAUGCAAGACCCCAACGUGCACACGCACCGACUCGGCGAAAUCUUGCUCACCUACGGUGUAUGGGAAGCGGAGCAUUGCCAGGGGGAGGGGGAGGGGAUGUUGGCCGGGUAUGUGCAGGGCAUGUCGGAUCUGUGUUCACCGCUCUACAUCAUGUGCGAGGGUGACGAGGUGGCGACAUUCUGGUGUUUUGUCGGAUUCAUGAACCGCACCAAGUCCAACUUUUACCGCGACCAGUCCGGGAUGAAGACGCAGCUACUCAUGCUGCAGAAGCUCAUCGCCAUCAUGCAUCCCGCACUCUACGCACACCUCGAGGCCACCGACUCGCUCAACCUCUUCUUCUGCUUCCGUUGGUUGUUGGUCCGCUUCAAGCGCGAGUUCGAACUGCGCGACACUGUGGCCAUUUGGGAAGCUUGUUGGGCCGCUGAACCUGCUGACGAUUGGGCGCUGUCGAAGAGCUUUCAUCUGUUCUGCGCUCUUGCGCUGCUAGAGUCGCAUGCAGAAUACGUGCUCAGGUAUCUACAGCACUUUGACGAGAUCCUACAGUACUUCAACUCGCUCACCGGCGAGUUUAGCGCCCAUGCCGUGCUCGCAAAGGCAGAAAUCCUCGCCAAAUCCUUCCGCCACAUCGCCCGGCAUGCGUCCGAAGGAACCCACCAUCUAGACCUCCUCGACCAGCACGAACUCGAUCUGCUCCUGUAA